AAGAAGAAGAAGAAGAAGAAGAAGAAGAAGAAGAAGAAGAAGAAGAAGAAGAAGAAGAAGAAGAAGAAGAAGAAGAAGAAGAAGAAGAAGAAGAAGAAGAAGAAGAAGAAGAAGAAGAAGAAGAAGAAGAAGAAGAAGAAGAAGAAGAAAUAAGAGUGAUUGUGAGAUUGAAAAUGAUGAUGAUGAUGAUGAUGGUGAAGGGACGAUGAUGCGUGUGUGCGUGCGUUCGUGUGUUAUGCUCGAGGCGGAUUUUUGAUACAGAAAAAAAUACGUGAAAAAAAAAACAAUGAUGGAAAAUCAAUGAAAAUGUUCCGUGAAAAUAAAAGGAAAUGAAUUAAAAGGAAAAUAUUUGUGAUUGUGAAAAUUUUAGGAAAGUGAAAGUUUGGAAUAGGGAAGAAAAAGAGGAAGAAAGAAAGAAAGAAAGAAAGAAAGAAAGAGAGAGAGAGAGAUAAAGGACAAUGAAAUAGGAAGAAGAAAAAGGAAAGAAAGAAAGAAAGAAAGAAAGAAAUAGAGAAAGGACAAUAAGAUAGGAAGAAGAAAAAAGAAAGAAAGCGAAAGAAAGAAAGAAAGAAACUGAGAAAAAAAAUAGAGAAAGAAAGAAAGAGACAGAGAAAGAGAAAGAAAGAAGAAAAGAAAGAAAGAAAGAAAGAAAGAAAUAAAAUAAAAUAUAAAUGAAGAAAAAUUUGAAGACGUAAAAAAAUAAAAUAAGUGAAAAACAAAACAAAAAAAAAACAUUAUUUACAAAAGUUAAGAAAAAUAAAAUUGAUUGAAAUAAAAAAGAAAAAAAUAUUUAUAAGUGAAGAAGUAUUAAACGCAUACUACUACUACUACUACUACUACUACUACUACUACUGCUACUACUACUACUACUACUACUACUACCAUGCCGGAAUACAGUGAAAUACCAGGCGUGUACAGCGAACAACCACGCCCCUUCACUACACUACGAAAAUGGCUACGCACUUAUAGAGCAGCACUUAUAGCGUUUCUCAUGUAAGUAUUAGUACUUCCGUGGCCCAGAAGAGACGAGCAUUGGUACACCUCACGCUGGGGCUCCACGAUGACCCCAGCCCCCCCUGACGCCCCCCCGCCCCCGGACCCCGACGCCGCCCCUUGGACAACCCCCGACGGCUCCACAUUCCCCCAGGGUGACACAUGGCAUUGGAACCGACGCCCUGACCCUCUUCCCCCCCGUGGUGAUGAGGACGUGAGCGAGGCCUUAGCAAUGGGGACCCGGGCGGAGGAGGCGAGAUCAUCCCUAGAGAAGAACAUGCAGGCUGGUAACAUCACCCUUCGACCGAACACAGCGGACUACAGACAUCAACACGGAUUUCGCAAGACCUUCCCGUUAGCCCAAAAUAUGUCCAGACUGGGCUACGCGAUGAACCACGCUACCCUCAGGAUCAAGGAGAGACUCAAACUACCUCGCUCGACCACCACUUUUGACGCACGCUGGCUGAAUGACCUCAUCUCCUCGCCCCACUGUGACCCGGCCCUCCUUCGACCCCACCCCGCGCCGUGUGACCCCAAGGAGCGAUACAGACGGGUUGACGGGUCCUGCAACAACAUAGAGAAUCCUACAUGGGGCGCAUCCUUCACGCCCUUCAGAAGGAUGUUGCCCAGUGACUAUGGAGAUGGCGUAUGGACCCCCAGGGAAGGAACCGCACAGAACAAGCUCCCAGGGGCCCGAGAGGUGUCAUUGGGUGUCCACGGGGGGAAGCGGGUCUCCUCACAAUCCUAUACGGUCCUUACUAUGAGCUGGGGGCAGUUCGUGGACCAUGAUAUCACCUUAACCGCCCUGUCCAAAGGCGCAAACGGGGACAGCAUAGCAUGUUGCACCAAGGAAGUGUUACAGAAUCGAACACUACAACACCCCGAAUGCUUUCCAAUCCCCAUCCCGGACGCCGAUCCUCUCUAUAAGGGAUCCAACACCACUUGCUUGGAGUUCACGCGCUCGGCCCCCGCCCCCGAGUGCAGGUUUGGGGCCCGCGAGCAGAUCAACCAGCAGACGGCUUACCUGGACGGGUCGGGGGUGUACGGGGCAACGCCGGAGGUGCUGGCGGGGCUGCGGGCUAUGAAGAAUGGCCUCCUCAAAUCGCAGGUCACUCUGGACGGGAGGGAGCUGCUGCCCGCCUCCACGGACCCCCUGGACGGAUGCAACAAAGAAGAGGAGUUCAAGUACGACAGGUUUUGUUUUGUUGCCGGUGACCCCCGGGUGAACGAGCAGCUUCUCCUGACGUCUCUGCACACCGUCUUGGCGAGGCAACACAACACCCUCGCGCUGGGCCUCAAGUCUCUCAACCCAGCCUGGGAGGACGAGCAGGUGUUCCAGGAGGCGCGGAGAAUCUUAAUUGCCCAGGUGCAACACAUUACCUUUCACGAGUAUGUUCCCAGCAUCCUCGGCCCCCGGUUCAUGAGUCACCUGGGGCUGAGUCCAAACAAGGAUGGUCAUCACGCGGGGGGGUACGAGGCGAAGUUGUCCCCAGGUAUUGCUAAUGAGUUCGCUGCAGCCGCCUUCAGGUUCGGACAUAGCCAGAUCCAGGGGCUCGUACAGCAGAUUGACGGGCCUGGGAAGAACAUCAACUUCGCUCAACUAUCAAGCAUUACGUUCAACCCGUUUUCUCUGUACAACCAAGGCGUGAUGGGAAACUACCUUAGAGGGGAGACUUCGCAAAAGGCGGCCGCUGUGGAUACCUAUUUCUCUCCACAGGUCACAGGGCGGCUAUUUGGGGGCUCUGGGGGGUCGAACGCUGGACCAGGCAUCGACCUCGUGGCCAUUAACAUCCAGAGGGGGCGAGACCACGGGGUUCCGGCGUACACCAGGGUGAGAAUGGCCUGUGGGUUGCCCCGUGUCCAAAAUUUCUCCGACCUCGCCUGGGAUAUGGACGGAGGGGCGCUAGGUCGGAUUCGAAGGGUGUACGGACACGUGGACAACAUAGACUUGUACACUGGUGGCCUAGCGGAAAGACCGGUCGAAGGGGGUCUGGUCGGGCCUACCUUCGCGUGUGUGUUAGCAGACCAGUUCCUGAGGCUGAAACGAGGUGACAGAUUCUGGUAUGAGACGCGUCAGGAACCACAGGCCUUCACGAGAGAGCAACUCGCGGAGAUCCACAGAACCUCACUAGCAAGGAUCCUCUGUGACAACGUUCCGGAAUUGGCGUCGGUUCAGAGGUGGCCGCUCAGAGUCUUCGCCACAGGGAACCCACGGCUGCCCUGUUCGUCCCUGUCCAUCCCCAGCCUCGAUUUAGACCCGUGGGAGGAGGACCCGGGGCUCUAACGGGGGUGGAGAUUAGGGGGUGAUUUUGGCAAGAUUUCGAGUUUUGGGUUUUGAUGUUUUUUUUGAUCUGUCUUAUUUGAAAUUGUUAGGGGUUGUUUUGGGCAAGAUUUCCAGUUUUUAGUUUUAAUGUUUUUUUGAUUUUUCUUUUUUGAAAUUGUCUGAGGUAUGAGAGAUUGGAGUGAGUGCGUAUUUAGGGACAGUUUUAGGCAAGAUUUCCAGUUUUUUGUUUUAAUGUUUUUUUGAUAUGUCUUAUUUGAAAUUGUCUAGGAUGUGAAAGAGGACACCCAAGUCUAUAUAUACCAAGUCAUGUCAUACGCAGGUUUGUGGGAGGAGACACGGCCGAGGCGUGGCUUAUGCGUGACACUGCUUGGAGCCAAACUAGAGAAUGUAGAAACAGGGAUUUAGAGAAAACAAAGAAAGGCGGACUAAUUUAAAUCAAUCACUUCAACAUGCCCUCCCUCACACCCCACACCGCCGUUUGUAGGCAUUGGAAUUACAGUCACGCAAUAGCAUAAUAAAAAAGGCCUAUUUUUUUCGUCAGUGGCUUGCCUGAACGCGCUGUGAAAGAAGACGAGAAUGCGCAUCCAGAGUGCACACACGGCCGCAACUUUAGUCACCCCUGAACUGGCGGGUAUUUUUUUUUUUGGCUCCAAGUGACGUCAUCCCGCUGCUCCGCCCCCAAACCGCCUCCUGCGCGUACCGGUCUCAGUUUUGAAGCAGUGACUUGACCUGGUAUAUAUAGACUUAGGGAAGAUCUAUGCAAGGCGAUUUUUUUGUCUGUGUUUGUAAAUCUAGAAUCUCUGUGUUUGAUGGUUAAAGGCUUAUAUGAAUUGGUUUAAACGUGAUAUAUUAGUUUUAUUUUUAAGAUCAUUAGGAAUACUUGAAGAUAUUGAUAAAUUUUAAGAUGAAGUAUAUGUAGGCUAUGAUUAUGAACUUAGAAUAGACAUAAGAACAUUUAACUGCCAUAUCUAAUUCAUUCUAAGGUGUUUUUUUAUAGUUAUUGUUAAAAUUAAGAAGUUUAUAUAAGUAGGUUAUUAUCAGAACCUUAAAAUUUACUUAAUAAGAAUGUUUAACUGCCAUAUCUAUUAAUUAUUUGGUGAUAUUUUAUGGAUAUUGUUAAAAUUAAGAAGUUUAUAUUAGUAGGCUAUGAUGAAAACCUUAAAAUUUACUUAAUAAAAAUGUGUAACUCCGAUGUUCAUGAAUUUUAAGAUGACUCUCGUACAGUUAAGAAAUGUAUAUAAGUACGAUAUUAUAGACACUUCGACCAGG